GUUUUAUAAUCGCUCAUAUAUUCUUAUCAUCCGUGUGUGAAAUGUCUCGCUCCCGUCGAAGAUUUCGACUACGUGAACGCAAUAACUCCCAGGCGCUCCACUAGAAAUAGAAGAUGAAGACAAGCAAGGAUUAAUCGUGUAAGACAAUUUGUACAAUAAUGAUGUCCCCCAACAAAACAAGGACCAGCAUCCGACCAGCUGCCGAUCGUCGAUACAGCGCUCGAUAUCUCAUUCUCAUCUAUCGUGGAACACCAGCGCAUUUUGAUCCUCUAGAAAUCCAAAGACUGGUGGGGCGGGAGCAAGCAAAAUGUACCAUUGUCCGAGAGUCUCGGAAUGAAAACGUCUUCAGCUAUUUUGCUUUUGUUGACUUCGCUGGAAAGCGCUUUCAGACCCGCAAUCUUGGGCUUUUCGACAUCCAAGGAUAUCACCCGAAAUGGAUACACGUCACAUCAUCACCAUGGCGGAUGUUAGAUGAAAUGAAAUCAAAAGGAGAUGUUCUCUGGAACGGGAUUAUUCGCCAUAAUAAGCAAACCUCCUCUGGUCGCAAAACUUCUGCAACCAGUAAAACAUCAUCUUCUUCCAGCCCUUGGGAGCUGGUGGGCAGCGCAACGAACGAAGCCUCGUUUCAGGAACUGUUAAGAAAGGAAACAACCAUCGAGAAAUCGGAGCCGCCGGAGCCAUUAUUAGAUGACCUCGAGGCUGGGGCCAUUUCAGUGGUAGGAGAGACAGAGAUGGCUCGCAAUGUGCAAUACUGGCAGGACGGGUAUCGAGCCGGCUACAAGGCAGCCAUCUCGAAGUCAAAUCUUCAUCAAACUUCAUCAAAUUCUAGGUAA